AUGACGAAAAGAAGCUACCGCCGCGAAGUCGAUCCCCAGGUUUCCUCAAGUGACACAGACGACAAAUCUCAGAAGAUAGAGCAAGAACCAGUCCUCUGCCAAAAAUGCAACGUUCCGUUUCAAGGGAAUGAAGAGGGUGCUCUGAACGGGAUCGAUGAUACUUCUAUACUUGUCAACUGGGACGGUCCUGAAGACCCGUAUAACCCCAAGAACAUGUCUACUGUGCGAAAAUGGUGUAUUGUCCUCGUCACCGGUCUGAUGACAUUCUGUGUCACCUUUGCCAGCAGCGUCUUCGCGACCACUUAUUCCGCAACGGCUGCCGAGUUCGGAGUUGCGGAGGAUGUCAUGAUCCUAGGGUUAUCACUAUACGUGCUGGGAUUUGCUUUCGGUCCGCUAGUAUGGGGUCCGCUGUCAGAGAUAUAUGGCCGCAAAGCUCCCCUUUUUGCAGGAAUGGCCACCUUUGCCAUCUUCCAGAUUCCUGUAGCGGUAGCACACGAUCUCCAAACUCUAUUCGUCUGCCGCUUCUUCGGCGGCGUGUUCGGGUCUGCACCUGUCGCCAUCCUCGGAGGCAUGUACGUCGACUUCAUGGAGCCGAUCAGCCUUGGUGUCGCUGCAGCAGUCUUUGCCGGCGCGGCUUUCCUGGGCCCUGCUGCUGGUCCUAUUAUGGGGAGUUUCAUCACGCAGUCCUCUCUCAGCUGGCGAUGGACAAUAUGGAUCACGCUUCUGAUGACUGUGGCCUUUGGACUCCCGACCGCCGUCAUCACACCCGAGACGUUCGAACCGGUUCUUCUCCGCAGGCGGGCUAAGGAGAGACGCUAUGUGACCAGGAACUGGGCCUUGCAUGCAAAGGCUGAAGAAUAUCCGCUUGACUUCAGGACUCUCCUGAACAAAUACUUGACCAAGCCUCUGCAUAUGAUAGCACUCGAGCCUAUUCUUAUUGUCGUGACAAUAUACAUGGCUUUGGUCUAUGGAAUUCUUUUAUUGACCUUUGAGGCAUAUCCGAUAUCCUUCGGGGUCAGAAGAGGUUGGUCUCCUACGGUUGGAAGCCUGCCUUUCAUAUGUAUCUUCGCUGGCGUGGUAGGUGGGUGCCUCGCUAUUGCCGCUUUCACCAAGACUUGGUACGCGAGACGGAUUUCCGACACAGCUAGGCAGCCCACGCCUGAGGAUCGGCUGCCGCCCAUGAUUGCGGGAUCUUUCGUCCUUCCAAUCGGUCUAUUCUGGUUCGCUUGGACAUCGGACCCGUCAAUAUCUUGGGUAGCACAGGUUCUUUCCGGCCUCUUCAUUGGGGCCGGAAUCAUCUUGAUCUUCAUGACCGGUGUCGUAUACCUGAUCGACGUCUACGCUAGGAACGCUAACAGCGCUCUCGCCGUCAACACCUUCAUCCGCUUCGUCGUCGCGGCAUCCUUCCCUCAUUUCACCUCCAGCAUGUACAUGUCGAUGGGCGUUGAUUGGGCCACUACCCUUCUCGGCAUUAUAUGCAUUGUGCUGAUACCGUUUCCCUUGCUAUUUUGGAGGUGCGGCGGGAAGAUCAGAAGCUGGAGUCGUUUUGCAUUCAAUCCUGAAGGAUGA